AGUGUGGACAACAAGUCAAGACACUGCAGUCAACAACAUUAAAACAUACAGCUUCUGUUAGGAGUGUGAAUUUCUGCCCAUUGGACCAUACUGUAUGGUGUGUGGCAGCACACACUCUAACUCCUGUAAAUGGCAGGGCUCUGUGUUCUCAAGAUCCUGCUGCUCUGGACCGGGAUCAUCAGUUUGGCCAAUUCACCAGACGAUAUGACUAAACUGAAGACGACGGCUCCAGAGCCUCAUGUGAUUAUAGUGAGCUGUGAAUAUUCAAGACGCUUUAAUGGACCUGAGGUGAUGUACAUCACACAACAUGGUUAUGCUGGUGAUACUCUGCAUGUGACUGCUUUCAGUGAACACUUUGAGCACAAGUCCAAGACAUAUGAUGUUGCUACUCACUAUCAUGACAAAGCUGUCAUUGAUUUUCUGGUGUUUCUCAUCGUCCUCACGUCUGUGGCAAUACUUGUGGUGAUCGACAGCAUAUAUGUUCUUAACCGUGUUCCUAAGCACAGAAAGUCUCGUGACGUGAAUGAAAACGCGAUGUUUCAAUCGGCAGCAAGUCUCAGGAGCCUCAAGACUUUGCUGCUUUCAGCUGGGAUCAUAUGUCAAAUCACUACAACUGCUGGGCAAAGGAUUACAGCUUCCUCACCUCCACAGUGUUCCUACACUGUAACAUCCAUCAAGUUUGGCUUCCAGAUUGACAUUACAAGCUCUACCCCUCGUGACUACACCAUAAACAUUAGUGAAGAAGGCCGACCAGUCACUGGAAAACACAUCACCGUCCAUCAGUCCAAUCAAAACUCAUCACAUGAAAUCAAACACCUGAAGCCCUGCACUGAAUAUGAGCAUUAUGUGACAUAUCUUGAUGGUGCUGGUGAAAAACACUGUAGCCACCCUGAAAAUAAAACUAGAACGACUGACAUAAGCAAAGAUGAUAUUGAAGAUGUCAGCUGCAUCCCUGGACAUGUUUGUUACCGGAGUGAUUGGGACGUCAGCUCUUUACUAUCAACCACAAAUGUUGUGGGAUGUGACAAUAAAACAUUCUGUGUCAAACCUGGUUACAAUGACAUUUGUUCAGAUUUUACUACAAACUUCACAUGUCCGACCACUUCCUUUAGCCUCACCAGCAUCAUCCCUGUUGAUUUCUUAAACACAAAUGAAAUACAUCAGAUUGUUUCCACUAAACUUCCAGCGAAAAUAGAAACAAAAUUACCUCCAAACUGUAAAAAUCUCUCUGUUGAUUACACCUGCUGGGAGAGUGGCGGAGUCACUGAGCCUAAGCUGGAGUCGGAGCUGGAGCCGUUUACUGACUACAGCUGUAUUGGUCAGAUCAAGGAAAACAAUGUCACCAUCAAAAACACAACUGCUGUUGACGUCAGGAUUGACUGUGAUUUUAACAUAAUCGCCACAAAGGACAGAGUAACCAAUACGUCUAUUGGCUGGAGUUGGAGCACAACCAGUGACAAGUGUCAAGAAGUCCUUCAUGAGCUUGAGAAGCUCGAUAAGCUUUCAUACGACUGCAGCUGUGGUUCUACUCUCUCCCAUCAGACACACUGGAGUAAACCUGACAAAGAGUCAUCAGGAAGAACAUGUCUUGUUAUUGGACUGAAACCAUUCACCACAUACACCUGUGAAGUCAAACCCAUCUACAAGAACAUCAAGAGAGAUGCUAAACAAACUCCAGUGACACAAAAGACUGACGCUGGAAAACCAGACGAUAUUAAAGACCUGAAGACGUCACAGCCAGAGCAUAAUGUGAUUAUAGUAAACUGUAUGUAUUCAGGAAAAUUAAACGGUCUUGAAGGCAAACAGAAAUACAGAGCAGAACUUCAUCAUGGUGGUGUCAUUGUGAAGGAACUUAAAGACAGUAAAUGCAAGUUUGAAUUCAGAGACCUGAGUUACUCUACGACCUACAUAGUGAAGGUCAUUGCUUUCAACACAGAACUGGAGAGCGAGCCCAAGACAAAGGAAGUUUCUACUUUCUACAAUGACAAAGCUGUCAUUGGUUUUCUGGUCUUCCUCUUCAUCACCAUCACAUCUGUUGUGGUGUCUGUGUUGGUCUACAAGAUUUACAUUAAGAAGUGCAGAAAGUCCAGAAAUGAGGUGAAUGAAGAUGUGAUGCUUGAAUCAACAGCAAUUUAUGUUAAUGUACCAACUCCUGGAUGGCAUCAUAUAGAAGCUCGCUGAUGAAGAAAAGCCUGAUGGAGCUGCAAACCAAAUCAUUUACUCUUUACUCUGCUGAGUCAUCAAAUGUUCAGUAUGUAGUGAGUCUUUUGCAGUUAUACAAUUGAUUUCCAAACUUUAAUGAACUUCUUGUUAUUAGCUAAAACCUCCAUUACUAUAUUAGAUGUAACUGUUUAAACUCUAUGGUACUUUUCUCACUUUGUUGCAUUUAAGAGUUUUAACAUGUUGCCUGUUGCUUUCACAUGAAUAUUGUAACAUGUUAGAAAUGAACUUUUUUUUAUUGAUGUUUCUAAGCCCCUUGAGAGCUUUGUAAAAUAAAUAAAGUUACACCAACUAAAU